UAACGAUCGAGACCGUCUGUGAUCACGAAGAUCAGGAAGUUUCGCAUCUUCGUUGCAGUCGUGAACCUCAAAAGUAACGUAAAAAACCCCAGUGGCUGUAAACAAGAUAAAAAAGUCGACGUGUAGCGUAUUCCCUAUUUCUUCAUCCUUGCUUAUUUGUAUCAGUUUUACGAAGCCCUGCAUUCACCCUUCCUGUGUUCUUGCGUAGAUCGAAGCACUUUGGACGGCAUUCGUACUCUUUUAAGAGCACCAGCUGCACACUGGUCGCUUGAUAUUUUCCACUUAUAAAUUUCGCAGCUCUUGAUUAUUUUUCGUUGUGUGAUAUUUAUGAAGUAGUAUGGUUUAUUGCGCACCAGUUGUUGUAACUGUACUAGCUCUAGCUGUUACGUACCCAUUUUAGAAUUUUUUUUUGGCCUUUGAGUAUUACAGCGACAUAAGAAGUGACAACAUAGAAUCAAUUCUUUUUCUCCUCUUCAAAAUUUAUCGAGCUUCUUUCUCGAUUCAUCACAAGUCAGUUUGCACCACUAUUAAAGAGCGGCGCUUUAUUUCAUCAAGUAACUCUCGAAUAAACGAAAAAAGUGCAUCGGUACGGAAAAUCUCAACAGCAUAAAACUUGCUCAUGUUCAGCUUCAGCAUAGGGAAGUACAUGUAAGAAAACCGAAUUUAAGGAUACGGUUUCAGUUUCUGUAAAAGCAUCCUUAUCCUUCUCACACACAGGACGACGUCGAGCUUUUGAGAACUGUGGUCGCGACAACAUGUUGAAGCUGCCUGGAGUUCUCUUCCACGUGGCCAUCGCGCAGCUACUGCUCUUCUACACCGCGCGGCCCAAAAAUGCAGAGCAGGGAGCGGCUUUAUUGACCGAUCUUGUCCCUGGUGGGUCGUUGUUCUUUUUUCAGGGGGUCUCAGCUGCUGCUCCUGGUCCUCGUACCGGUGCUCCUCGAAAGGACGACGGCUACGACAGCGAAUUUUCCGACCUUGAUGAGAGCCCACGCCUGUUGACAACUGACCCUUACUCUGUCGCGCAGCCAGGCGGGACCACGGCUGCUGGUGUAGGACCACGAGAGGAGGAGGACGUUGACCUGCACUUCAGCCCCGCAAGAGAAGACCCGUAUCAACAGGUGGAUCAAGAAUGCCACCCAGAUCUUCAGCCGGCUGCUGCAGCUGCAAAAAAGGAAGGAGCAGCGGGUCCUGGUGCGGGUACAACUACACUCGCGGCGGCCCCUGCAUCUGCAACUUGUUCCGAAGUACGACGACGAGACAAGGGUCCUCGUCGUGUGGACGUCGAGGAAGGUGAAGAUCUACUACCUCCGGAGUUAUGUGCAGACGAACUGGAAUCUUUCUGCGAGGACUCCGAAGAUGAAGACUUUGACUUCGCGGCGCUGGGGGAACGUUUUCCCGAGGACGGCGAGAUCUACGUCUCGGAGGACGAAGAUCAAGAUUUUCCUUAUGAUGACGACUGGGACGUGGACUUUGAAGGACAAUACAAAGAAAAACGAAGUAGAAGUAGACCAGGCUAUGAUAGCAGGACUCCGACACCCCCACCAAGGCAAGAGAAGCAAGAUCCGGAAGUUGUACAUGUUGAGCAGCGAGGACCAUCUCCGCUACAGGAGCGAGUAGCAGUAGCUGCCCGUGCUGGUCAACAAGAAUAUGGUCGUGGUUCCUCAUCUGCUCCUCGCGGGCGCAGGAGCGGCGCGGUUUCAUCUUCCCGCAGCCGCAGCCGCAGUCGUCGACCUGGUCCCCGCCUGCAACUUCACGCCAACUACACACAGAGUAGUUCUUCACGACCUGGUGUCCUGCAACUUCACGCCAGGGAAGAACCAGGACGGAGGUCUUCGCCGCCGAGAAGCAGAAGCCGGAGUUCUACUUGUAGGAAAAAACGCAAUAAACAUAAAGCAGAAGCUGGUGAUGGUGAUCGCGCAGAAGCGCGGAAGCAAAUGGAAGGCAUAUCAAAAUGAGAAAUCCACCCUGCUCCCGAUAUUGAAACGGAGAUUUGUGAUGUAGCAUGAUUCGUGAUCACAAAUUUUAUGUACGUUGUCAUGCUAGAACGAAGGGAACGAAGAGAUGCGGACUGUAGUGCUUGCUGGUGUUGGAAAGUAGCCUUGUGUCUUCAGCAUGAUGGGAAGCGACAACUGGAAGCGCAAAACAUCAUGACAGACUGUCUGCAAGAAGUGAGGCCGCAAAAAUCUCUUGGCCUUUCAGCAAUACAAGUUGAAUUGUGUACUCAAAUCCAGCAAUAAUUAAAAGUUUCCUUUUCGAUAUGGGGCGGGGAGGGGCUUUUCCUCAGAAUAAGACACGAGAUCGCCACCGCGUACAAAUGGAAGUCGAGGACGGAACCGCAGCCGCACCAGUCGAGGACGGAACCACAGAAAAUGCGGUAGAACAAGCGAAGACGAGUAUGUCUUCCCAGAAAUUAAAUUUAAACCAAAAAACUACACACCGUCUCUGCGACAGCAAGCCGAGGAUGCUUUUUACCAGGAUUGGAAAAAAGCGCAAAAGCAAAAUCCGCAUGCCUAUCCGUUCUUUAACGCCUUGGUCAAUUUCUUCCCGAAGGUCUCCGACCCGAGUGCGCCGAUGAAUCAAUUGGAGUUCUUUUUGGACGAUCAUGUAGAAAAUAAUCCAGUGGGCGGAAGGACGAGCAAUGGCCGCCGCGGGAAUGGUCGUGGUCGUGGAGCUGCUGCAGCGACGUCGACCGCUACUAUUCAGAGCCUUUUCCGGUUUUUUGAUUUCGGCUUGACCAUCAAGCACCCCUGGCAAACCUCGCAAAAACUAUGGUCCCCGGCAAAGCCUCAGGAACUGUGGGGGAUGGUGAAGAAGUAUGUGGUAAAACUAAACGAGAAGAACCCCUCUCUCUUUAUUCCCGUUCCCAACAUUUCCGUUCCGGGGUAUUUGCAACAAGAAGCAGACCACUUGAAUAAAGUUAAAGCGGAGGGAAGAAGACAUGAUGAUCAAAAAGUUGAUCCCUACAACCCCCUCCAGCGUCUGGACAACGGAGUCGGUGGUGCGGUUGCAUUGGUAAGGUUGAAAGCGGAGGAAGAUCCACUGGCGAAGGCAAUGACGAAGUGGUACCAGUACGAGAAACAUCCGUAUGACCACUAUGAAGACGAGACACGACGAGAAAGUGAUUGGGGAAGAACAAAUGAACCAAAAUCUUGGUCUUGGUACAAAUUCGACUCUGAAAAAGAAAAGGUCCACCUGGUGAACCAAGCGACCAAGAUAUCAGAGUGCGCAGCUCGACGACCCGCCCUUGUUCCCACUGCUCAUUUGAGUACUUAUUCAAAUGCAUCAGCAGCAGCACAAGCAACGGCAGCAAUUAUGGCCCUUCCAUAUGACAACUCCGCUGCACACCGAUCGUUCAUCUUGCAGUAUUGUUUAGCUAGUUUCGAACUUCGUCAUGCGAACUGCAGCUUUUUAAGUUUCAGUUUCACGCACCAAGAGGUGGAUUUGAUGUAUAUUGGCAUUUCACGACAUUCCAAAUCAAGGGAGACCGCGAGGGGGGCUCCUGAGUAGUUGUGCACUCGGAUAAAUUGUGUAUGGCGGCCAGAAGACGGAGCUUUUACGACUGGAUUCCCUGUGGAAGCUCGCUGCCUUGGUGAUUAAGAAAGGAAAUGAGGAGAAAAACCGGCUUUUGCAGCUAAAAGCAGAGUAUCAAAUGUAAAAGUGUCUGGGUCUGGAAGAAUGCAAGUUUGUCAUGCGUGUCUGGCAUGACUCUGAAAUCUGUCAUGCAAAUUACCAAAGAGCCCCACUUUUCUGUCAUGCAGAAACGUAGUUUGUCAUGCAGAAUAGGCAACACCUAGAAUCUCAGAAACUUGUCAUGCUGAGCCAGCAAUUGUCGCCUCCUCAUGAUACGCCACACAGCAUCACAAGUUUCCAGACCCAGACAUUUUUACAUUUGAUACAGAGGAGAUGCAAGAAAGUGGUCUGACGCAAGAAGCAGAGCGAAGCCCCCGCGCCGGUGGGUACUUUUCUCUCACACUUUUCGGUCUUUCUGCCGGCGAAAAGGCGCUUUAUCAGCAUUUGUUGCGGAGAAGCCAGGAAGAAGAAAGCAGCGCGGUCGUGGUGGUCGGGAGUGGGAGGGACGAGUAUCUGCAGAAAGUGAACGAGCAAAUGGAAAAAGAAUGGAGGGACAAAAAUCGAGAAAAAUACGACGAACAGGGGGUGAUGAGAAAGGAACUGCGAGAACGCAGUAAUAGUACGGGCGUAGAAGGAGGAGAGACUUCUUGGACCUCUACUUCGUGGUGGAAGAAGCAUCAGCCAGAAAAAGAUCACAGCUUCGAAUUUCAGGCCGGGAAGCACGUCUUGGAGCGGCAGGUCGCGAACGAGUACCGUGCGGUGAAAAUUAAAAAGUGGUACAAGAUGAUGGUCGCCAUUCGGCCGUUCGAGCAAUUAGAAGAAAAAGCAACAGCAAGACAACACGUCCCGCUACAGCAAGGGCUCGCAGCCGCGCGAGUCCGGAAGUUUUUGGAAAAGAAAGUUUCCGGAAAACGCAUCUUCCUGCCCCUCGCGGGGUCCGGAUCGUUGUAUGUGAAAGCGGUAAAGCAGUUCCGCCGGUCGAUUUGCCCAUUUGCGCUUGAGAUGAAGAAGGACGACGCGACUAGGCAGUGGGAAAAAACAGACGAUGGCCAAAAUUAUGUGUUUGCGAAAACACCAACGACGCUGGAGGAGGCACAACACCAGCUGAAUUCGUCUAUUUUGUUGCAUAACCUCGUUUACGCGAACGCUUGUCAGGUGGCGGUCACGACGUUUGGGAAGUGGGGUGAAAACAAUGAAAAGCUCUACUACGACCAGAAGCUUAACGUCUACUACACCACUCUAACGGCCUCAACCGGCGAGACGGGUAAGACGCACCAGCUGCGGGCGCACGUCGUGGCGUUUUUCGCGAAGCAUGGGUAUCACGCCCACUUAGUCGGCGAUGAGCUCUACGCGAAGGUGGCCACGGAUCCGAAAUACCGGCAGAGCUUUAUCAAGAAGAAAAAUCCCCUUUCCAUAUCGAAAAGGAAAUUUGUGAUGCUGAUUUGUGACCACAAAUCAGCUUUGUGUUGCGUACAAGGCAAACGGCACGCAUGUGGCGCGAUCAUGAUAGCCAGUCUGUCAUGCGUUUUCGCCUAUGUCAGACUUGUUUCUCAUGCGCAACUGCUAGCCGGGUGCGUAGUACCCAAAUGGGCUUAGAAUGUGCCGACACGCUCUUGCUGCAAUACAAAGCUCAUUUGUGUACACAAACCCAGCAACACAACUUGUCUGUUGAGUACGGGGUGGGGCCUUUUUUCACUUUGAUAAGCUUUCUCUUCCCCGGGCCAGAGGAAGCCGCCCUGUUGCAGUACCAGACAUCUGCAAGUGGAAUCAAGAGCAACAUGGGCAGUUUACCUCCUUCUCUUCAAGAGUUAAGAGAACAAAGCAACCGAAUCCGGAAGGCUAUGAAGAACUUAGGGCAGUUAUCGACCUGUGUAAAACCGUCCCCACCCCAGAUUUGUCAUGCAAAUCUGCAUGCCAAAAAAGUUUCUCAUGCGGAAAAACCCAUGAGAAGCAUUUUCUAUAUCGUGUUUUGGAAAAAUUUGUGAUGCUAUAAUCAGCCUGAUGCGCUACAUCUGUGAUGCUUCUGAACUACCUAAAUCCAAUCGAGGAUUACACUACGAGGACAAACUUGUCAUGCCAAACAACCAAAGCUCCUGUGUGAUUUGUCUAGCAGAUUUCCCAUCUCGACUCUGGUGCGGGGAUGUUUUUAAUCAGGAUAGCAGUUUGAUGAUGAUGAUGAUGAUGAUGAUGAAGAUUUGGAAACCAAAAAAAAGCAAGAAAGAAUCAUCCAGGAAGCAAAACGGCUGUAUCCUGGGCAAAAGUAUCGUACUCGUAGUAAUCGCAGUCAUGCAUUACAAGUUUCUUUCUCAAGUUAAAUCUGCAUUACAAAUUUUAUUUCUCAUGCUGAGGAAAUUUGUCAUGUGAUUUACACGUAGUGCGAUGCUUUUGCAUUUCAUAGGCUGGAUCUCAUCCCGAUUUUGCGUUCGUUUGAUUUUGGGCUGGAAUAUAAAAGUUUAA